UUAAAGGAAACUUCUUUUGGGAAGUGCGGGGAACUACUUUUAGUCGACUUCGGAAGAAGGCGUUUAUACCUGUCUAACAGCACUUCAAGGAAACACAUUUUAGUAUAAUAGAAAUCGGUCUUUAAUCGGAAUAUAUCUAUUAUCUGCCGGUUUGUGUUAUUCCAUAGUAAUAGCGUUGCAUUUUCCUGAGGUUUUACUACGUCGCGGAAGGAUCUCAUUUUCUCAAGCGAGGGUCGCAUAUCCGCCCAGUUUUCCGAUGUUUCAUCUCUGCCCCCCCACACACAGUUGAAAAUGGAGUUCGAUAAAAGCAGAUGUCCUCCAACUUAUCCUGGACAUUUUUACCCUCUGUAUUUUUAUUUUACACUCCGGCGUUCAAACUGAAAGCAUUUGGACCUCUCUCUCCUUUUCGGGGAGGUUGUGGUGGUGGUUGGGGGCUGCUUUUGGAUGCCUUUACUGUAGAGUAACGCGGACACGUUGACGGAGCAACGCUUUGCUGCACACAGUGCUGCCUUUUCCUCUCUCUCCCUCUCACUCUAUAAGUCUUGUGUCCGUUGACGUGAAGUUGGGCGAAUGGAUGCUCGGCAGCCAGCCAUAAAUUCACUGCCCGACGUUACACUCUGCGUUUUUUGGAGGAUUUAUACCUAAGAAAAAUCGGAACCGUGUUCGUCUGAGACGCUGGUGCGAAUGAUGGCCCAUUUGUUGUGGUCGGAUUUUACUUCCAGGGAGGAUAAAAUGAAUCAACGGUUGUCAUUAUUCCUCCUCCUCCUCCUCGUCGCGAUUUAACAUUAGAGUUCCAGGCAAGCUAGCGUGGAGCUAGCUCCACUUGUUUCUUAUUUUCUUUUAUUUACCCUCACCGUAAGGACGUUUCAUUUUUGUCAGGCCAAAGGGUUCUUUUAAUUACCUUCAUCUUUUUACUUACUGUCCGAAUUCAAGCGGUGACUUGUACAUGUGAAGGAAAAUGGUGAUAUUUAUGGCAUUUUAUCCCGCCGUCACUGCGUCGUCGAUGCUAUUGCUAGGAUUUGGAUCCCCGUGAGGAGAAAAAUGAGUGAAGAUUCAACAAAUCCAAACAACGAUGACAGUUAUGCGCGUGUAAGAGCAGUGGUCAUGACUCGGGAUGACUCCAGCGGUGGGUGGCUCCCCCUAGGUGGUGGAGGUCUUAGCUGCGUUACUGUCUACAAGGUCAGCCGGGCAGACGACAGCGGCAGCACCCACAGUGGAAGCAGCGGAGGAAGCAGCAACAACAUCAGUCCCUGUAGCCCUAGUCCCAGUCCCAGUCCUACCACUGUGGAGUUCCACAUCAAGGGUGAAAGGCUCAAAGACAAACUGGUGGUUCUGGAGUGUGUCCUCCAGAAAGGCAUUGUAUACAACAAAGUCAACCCCAUUUUCCACCAUUGGAGAAUCAACGAUAAAAAGUUCGGACUGACCUUCCAGAGUCCUGCCGAUGCCCGCGCCUUUGACCGUGGCAUCCGUCGAGCCAUUGAGGACAUCAACCAAGGAUGUCGGCCAUUUGGGGAAGGCGAUACUCCUGAUGAUGGAUUACCGGUUUGUGAUGAGCCUCCUCCUAUCUGUACCCCCAUGAAAGAGCCAUUCUCCCCCCUUAACAAGGUUGUCUCCACCGAGCCGUUCAGGGGCUGCUACGUCCGCGCACAGCCCUUCGAUGAGUUUCCCUCCAACAAUCGGCGCUACCUGCCUCCACAGGUCUCCUUCAAGCCAACACGUCAUGUCAGUUUUAACAUGGACGAUGAGGAGAUCGUCCGCAUCAACCCACGUAAAGACGUGCUCAUCCGUCGCUAUGAGGACUACCGCCACCCUGGACAGGAUUUUCCCACCACCUUUCACAAACUGGACAGUAAGAAGUGUGAGUACCCCUUCCCUGAUGGCACUGGUGGGGAUCCCCACACCGGCCCUGGGACUUUGGGACUAGGAUUGGGCAAGGACACGGCCAUUAAAACUCAGCCCUCGCCCUUGUUGAAGUCCAAGAAGGGCCGGCGGCGAAGAGAGGAUGGUGAGCGAUCACGCUGCAUUUACUGCCGAGAGAUGUUUAACCACGAAGACAACUGGCGGGGGCAGUGCCAAGAUGCCCCCGACCCUAUCAAGCAGUGCAUCUACAAAGUCAGCUGCAUGCUCUGUGCCGAGAGCAUGCUGUACCACUGCAUGUCUGACUCUGAGGGUGACUUCUCAGACCCUUGCUCGUGUGACACAUCCGACGAGCAGUUCUGCCUGCGCUGGCUGGCCCUAGUGGCGCUCUCCUUCAUUGCUCCCUGUAUGUGCUGCUACCUGCCCCUACGCGCCUGCCACCACUGUGGCGAGGCCUGCCGCUGCUGUGGGGGCAAGCACAAAGCAGCUGGGUGACCCAUCAGCAGGCUCUGGGACACCCUCAAAGCAAGCCAAGUGGAUAAAAGCUGAAAAAUUUAAAAUGCCGGCAUCCUUUUUUCAUUCCCUUCUCAGACGGGGUGACGUCUUAAUCCCCAGCUCUGAGGGCUUUUGGAGAUUUCAGUUUGUGUUUGUCGCCGACAAGCAGCGGUGGAGGACAAACCUUAUGCUUUGUAGGGGCUCUUAGCAUCAAGCUAAGAUCAGAAGCUUAAUCUUUGGCGGAGGAGUAAAAGUCAUGGAGAUUAAUAGACUUGGAGAUGUUACUAAAUACACCUGUAAACACACAUUCAUUGACAGAGCCAGGCCACAAACGUCAGAACUCUAUAUAAACAAGUGUAACUUUAUGAAGGAAAAUGUCUUUUUGUACAGAGAGCAGCAAAACAUGGUGACAAAAAAAAGAAAACAACUCUUCUUUAUUCAGAAAAAAUACUUGCUGUUUGAGUAUAUGCUAUAAAGGGAUAUGUUCUUGCUUUUUUGUGAAUCUGCAGUUGGGUAACAGUGGCCUUUUCUUUUCAUGGCUUAAGCAUUUUCUGACAAUGUAAUUACUAUUCAGAGAAAAUUGCACUAAAAAUGGUAAUUUCCUCUCAAAGUAACCCUUUUCAAAUUCUUUGGGUACUUUAGCCACCGUACUUAGUGUAAUUUUAACCUUUGAGAGAUGCUGUUGUGGUGGUUGUAUGGCCAAUUAUCUUUGUUUUCUUUUCCAUCACAUGUUGCUUAGAAAAAAAGUACAACAGGCUAAAAAUAUUGCCUUCCCCAAGGUUAUAAGGACCGUUUGAUUGCAUUCCUAAAUAAAGGGAUCGAUUCCAUGAUUAGAAGGGAAAAAUGGUAGUGACUUUACCAUGCUAAAUUCCGCAAAAUAGUUUAUGCACAUCAUUAAAAAAAUACAUUUAGACCCUUGGAACCCAUUUAAAAUGGAAAGAGAUAUUUCAGUUUCCCCUGUAAACCUUACUUUUAGUCCAUUUAUUUACUGCUCUAGUAAAAUUGCUCUUCUGUUCCACUUAAGCUUUUUGUUCCUUCUCGUUUGAUGGUAAUUAUUUUUAAAACAAAAGGCUGAAAUGUUGCUCAACCAGCAAGUUUUGUUUUGGUGAGUACAGCGGAUACAGUGCUCCUUAAUUUAAUUAAAGAAAGAAAUGUCGAGGCACUUAAAUAAGGUUAUUCUGUCAAUUUUGGACUUGUCUGUAUAUAAAAAAAAAUAUAUCCCAAACAAACAUCCAAUUUGGCACAGAAGUGUAAAACCCUCUUAUUAAAGCACUGCUCUCCAAGCUUUGGUUGCAGCACCCUCUUCAAAUGUCCACGUCUGUCCCUGGAGUUGUUAUUUUAUUAUUGUUUUCUUUUCUUUUUUCAUCCCAUAUGCAGUGGAAAAGUAGUAUUUUCCUUCCAUGUGUCUUUAUCUAACAGGCCGUGAAUGAAUUGUGUGUAUGGGUAUAGAAAUACUGAGUAUCUCAUGUGUGUCUGCACAUUGAACUUCAUAUGCACUGGUGAUCUGAUGUCAUAACGUCACCACUGACUGUGUAAAUAAGGUAAAAUUACUGAUCAACAGUCUGUUUCGUGUCUUUAACUGAAGCCCCCAAAAUGAACAGACCUAAAAUCUAAUUUUGUCAUAAUCCACCUCUAUCUGCCAAAAGUUCUCUAGUAACAUAAAAAACAAUAGAAAAUUAAUCUUCUUCAUCAUUAACCUUACUUUACACAUGGUUCGUGCAAAAAAGAAAAUAUGAUUUAGCCUUAUUUUGAGCAUCAGAGGUAGUGGAUGAUUUUGCUAGUUUUAGACAAAAUAAGGUUAGCUCCAGUCUUUAUGCUAAGCUAGGAUACACAGAUGUAGUUGUGGCUUCAUAUUCACAACGCAGAAUGAAGGUGUCAUUAUAUUUUUAAAUAUAAGCCUUAGAAGUACAAAAAAUACACUUUGUUCUGUUGUCUAAGGAUUAAUCACCUAAGGCUUAUUUCAACAUGUAGCUCAAAUGGUAAAAGUCAAAAGCCAGAGUUCUGAUAAAGAGUAAUAUAUAGUUGUUGUGCUGGUUGUAAACACAGCCCAGAAGCCUUUAAUAAUGCUCAGAAUGUCUUUUCAAGGGCAGUGCAACAUUCCUAAACAGACACCAUUGUGUGUUUUCUCAGUAAGGCGACAACUAGAAUCAAACUAGACCUAAUGUCUGUGCUUUUCCAUUCUGUAAAGUCUGAGUGUUGAGGCAGUGUCACAUUGAGGCCUAAGUGUCAUUUGGGGUGGCUGUAAUUAAGGUAAUUACUAACUACUGAAAUCCCCAAUUAAGGUUUCUUAGAGGUGAGCCUUCAGUGUGGAAAAUGAAAACCAAAAAAAUGAUGGAAAAGCAAAAUGUUUCAUAACAAUACUGAGCCAGGCAUAGUUAGUGAACUCGAAUGUUGCUUUGCAUUUGUAAUGAUCUUUUAAGCACAAUUAGAGGAAAAAAGUAUUGUUUACUUACCGGCUUUAGUCCUUCUAAUUUGCUGCCGUAAUAACCAGCAGUUUUGUUGGACCACAUGUUCUCUUUUUUAAUACAUUUUGACAACAUUGAUGGACUUCCAACAACUGAGCUAAAUGUUGAAAGUGGCCAUAGUUCAGUGUGAACCAAAUUAACAGCACACUCUUGCCACAUUAGCUAAAAAUUCAACAGAACUCCAAGCCUCGACGUGUUUGAAAUCAGUGCCAACUCUGACACUCCUAACUACUGAUAAACAGACGAUGUGAACAUACAUCUCUUCUCACCCCCUGUCACUCCUGGGUUAAUAAUAUGUACAUAUUUUGGCAGGAAAAGCCAUCUGUUUUCCUAGUUCCACCCUGACCAAUGCUACUUUUUUACUUUCUAUGCAAACUUUCUAACGUGGGAAACACAUUGACCUCUCUGCAGACUGAGUCAGUGACGGGACAGGACACUUUAAUGCUAUAGAGUUAGAAAAAAUAAAAAUACAAAAAAAAAAAAACCUCUGGUACCAAACUCCAAACACCUGUAAAUACUUAACACUAUAUUUAAAUACUGAUAAUAAUCCCAGCUUUUUUUGUUUUGUUUGUUUUCGAAAAUUUUAAAGAUAGAAUUGUAUUUAUCGUGGCUGUCAGAAACAUAUACUGUAGCUCGGAUUGACAGCAUUGUGUACAUAGAUCACCUUUUAGUAUUGUUUCACAUUGAAAAGUAGAGGGCGCCGCGAUGGAAAAUGACUAUGAGGCUUUUAAUAGAGUUUCUCUCUAGUUUUGUACGGUGGGAAGGAGGGGUAGUGCUAACACGGUACAGUUGUGUCAGUCCACUUGUUUCAAAAAGUUUGAUAUAUAUAUAAAUAAAUAAAUAUAUAUGUAUAUUUACAUACAUACGUAUAAAGCUGCUAGAUACAAUCACUAAUGUUAUUGUUGACGGAGAAAAAUCAGCUAUGAACGACUGUUAAAACCCUGAAAAUCUCUCGUCGUCUCGUGACCAUGACGGUGGAUUUUUGUCAUGUGUGACUGUGGUUCUUUGUGACAGUGGCCACGAAUGUGUGUGUGUGUGUGUGUGUGUGUGUGUGUGAUUAUUGAUACAGUGGUGUGCAAAGGUCUUACGCUGCAACUUGGUUUUAAGUUUCACUCAUUUUCAUCUCUCACUUUUUUUGUUCAAAUAGAAACAGAUUUUUUUUUUGAAGAAGUAAACCAAAUUUACUUAAAAAAAAUAAAAAUCUGUUAACAGUUUCUCACAAUAACACAAUUUAAAGAAAAUAAAUUCUAAGCCAUUUUGUAAAAAGAUGUAUAAGCUAGCCAGAUUCUUGAAGAUAACCCCUUCAGGCCCGCAAUGGUAUUGCACCCGCGGUAUGCAUCCCUCUUAAAAAAAAAAAAAAAACGUGCCACCUUUUAGUUUUUUGUUGUUGUUUUUUUUUUUUUACUCAAAUUAUAGCUAUUCCUAAAAACAACAACCGUGUUCUAAGACUUUCGCACACUUUCUGUGUCCCUGUGUGCCUACAAGUGUGUCUGUGUGCGUAAGUAUGUGUGUGUGUGAGGUUGGUGUGUAACCAAAUGUUUGGCUGGUUGCCAUAUUCUACCACAUGUGAAUUGGAUUUUUCCCUGCAUUAUUGCGAGCUGAACCUAGGUUUGAUGAACCCGAUUAAAACUUGCUGGCUGAGAAGCAAAAAUGUAGGAUGUGCAUUUAUACAAAUUAAAAGAUUUUUUUUUAAAGAAAUCUUUAAAAAGUGUAGAGAAUGCUGAAAAUAACACUCGUCAUUCUGCAUUAACCAGCACAGUGCAACUUCCUGUCAUGUACUGUAUUAUAUAUGCAACAUGUGUCUGUCCGCUUUAAUAUAUAUCUAUAUUUUUUGAACCUGCAUUAUAAAAAGACUUCAGUUUUAACCACUUUGCUGCUAGUCUUUUAUCCUCUUUCAGUCUUGGAAAUUGUGCAUAACUUUGGGAAUGCAUACAAGUGUACAUUCUUGACAUUGUGUAGACGAAAAGAAAAGAAAAAAAAAAGCUAUAUGACGCUGUAUCUCUUCAGUGUGUUCAUUUUUAAAAAACAGUUAUUUUUCACAGCAGUUGAAGUGGGUUCUGUUCCGGUUUCUCCGAUGCUUUGGUGCACUGAUGAUGACUCUAUGUAAGCUUUUUUUCAUCUUACGGCGCUCGAUGUUAACAUUUAUGUGAUUAGUUCUAAAAUAGUGGAAAACAUUUGUGUUUUGAAACUUGCAGUAUAAAUGGUACUACUCUUUAACUAUUCUGUAAAACACUGCCUGUUUUUACUUUCUCUUUUCUUUUUGUCCUUCCUCGUGCAUAUUUUCUCUCCUCUGCAUCUUUUUCUCCCCUCCCUUCUUAGUGCCAUCGGCUUUCACAUCCUGACAACCUCAAAAAAGUGCCUCACGUCCAUCCUAGUUUCCAUCUUUACCAGUUAACAUCCUAUCGUUCCGGUUCUAUUGGUUUCUACAAACAUCUAGGUAUUUCUUCUGGUUUGAGGAUACCAAGUAUAUGAUGUAAAAUUUAUAGUCCCAAUAACAUGUCAUAGUUGUAUUUUCUUCAUACAGAUGUAGCUCAUUACUUUUCAUAAAUAUAUAAUGUAAAUAUGCAUACAUAUGUUUGUAACUGUUUUUAUGUUACAUCAUACACUUGUAAUUUGACAUAUCAAAUAACAUUAUCAUAAUAAAAUGGUGAGUUUUAAUACCUGGCUCUGUGUUCUCCUCUGUAACUUGUAAAUCUCUGGAUGUAAAGUGUUCUCCCAAAAAAUAUAUGUCAUGAAUUACAA